AAGGACACGAAACUCAGAGUUCACUUCUGUCUCUCUCUCUCUCUCUCUCUCUCUCUCUCUCUCUCUCUCUCUCUCUCUCUCUCUCUCUCUGUCAGUGUGUGAGUUCAGGAAAAUGGCCGAGGCCAGUAUUUCAGUAGAUCAGCUUUCAGUGGAUCAGUUCAGCUGUCCAGUUUGUCUGGAUCUCCUGAAGGAUCCGGUGACGAUCCACUGUGGUCACAGUUUCUGUAAGGUGUGUAUUAAUGACUGCUGGGAUCAGGAAGAGAAGAGCGGAGUGUAUCGCUGUCCUCAGUGCAGAGACACUUUCACUCCGAGGCCUGUUCUACGCAGAAACAACAUGCUGGCUGAAGUGGUGGAGAAACUGAAGAAGACUGAAGUCCAAGCUGCUUCUCCUGCUCACUGUUACGCUGGACCUGGAGAUGUGGAGUGUGAUUUCUGCACCGGGAGAAAACACAAAGCCGUCAAGUCCUGUCUGAUGUGUCUGGCCUCCUUUUGUGAAACUCAUCUGAAACCUCACUAUGAAGUUCCUGGUUUGAAAAAGCACAAGUUGGUCGAAGCUUCUGGAAAUCUACAAGAGAAGAUCUGCUCUGAGCAUGAGGAAGUGCUGAAAAUCUACUGUCGUACUGAUCAAAGCUUCAUCUGUUAUCUGUGUAUGACGGAUGAACACAAAAGCCACGACACCGUCUCAGUUAAAGCGUACAGAACUGAAAAACAGAGAGAGUUAAAGGAGGAGCAGAUGAAAUCCCAGCAGAGAAUCCAGGAGAAGCAGAAGAAGGUGCAGGAGCUGAAACAGACUGUGAACACUAUAAAGCUCAAUGCACAGACAGCAGUGGAGGACAGUGAGAGGAUCUUUACUGAGAUGAUCAGCUCCAUGGAGAAAAGGCGCUCGGAGGUGACGGAGCUGAUCAGAGCUCAGGAGAAGGCUGAACUGAGUCGAGCUGAACGACUCCUGGAGCAACUGGAGCAGGAGAUCGCUGAUCUUCAGAGGAGAGUCACUGAGCUGGAGCAGCUUUCACACACACACGAUCACCUCCACUUCCUCCAGGAAAUAAAGGUUUUAGUCUCCGGCCAUCGCUCGCCCAAUUUUAUUAGACCAGGUUUGCAGUCUGAUCUCCGUGACGACUCACGCAGCAUCACUGUCAAUCAACAUCUCUCAUUUGAUGGAGUGAGGAAAUCUCUCUCUGCUCUGAAAAAGAGACUCGAGGAAUUCUGCCAGGAGGAAUUCAUCAGAAUCCCUGAACACGCUGCAGCAGUUCACAUCAUUUUACCCCCAGAACCAAAGAGCAGACAAGAUUUUCUGCAGUAUUUCUGUGAUCUGACUCUGGAUCCCAACACAGUACAUUAUAACCUCAUUCUGUCUGAGAGGAACAGAGCGGUGACGUACAGUGAGAGAAAGCAGCAGUACUCUGAUCAUCCAGAGAGAUUUGACUCCUACCCUCAGGUGUUGAGUAAGGAGAGUGUGUGUGGACGCUGUUACUGGGAGGUGGAGUGGAGCGGUGUUGGUGUGUUCAUAUCAGUCUCAUAUAAAGACAUUAGCAGGAAAGGAGAGGGUAAUGAGUGUGGGUUUGGAGGCAACAAUCAGUCCUGGAGUCUGCGGUGUUCUUCUUCUUCUUCUCUCUUUUUCUAUCACAACAACAUUAAGACUGAUCUCAGAGUUCCAUCGUCCUCCAGAAUAGGAGUGUAUGUGGAUCACAGUGCAGGAACUCUGUCCUUCUACAGCGUCUCUGACACGAUGAAGCUCCUCCACAGAGUCCACACCACAUUCACUCAGCCUCUAUACGCUGGGUUCGAGCUCGGCUGGAAUUUUAUCUCUAAAUCAGGAACAACUGUGAGGUUGUGUGAUCCAACAAAAAAAUGAUUUGAGGUGUUUUAUGGUCAGUAAUUUGUCAGUAAAUAAAACUCUGUGCACAUUUCCUCAUUGAUCCCCAUCUGUGAAAUAAAUAUUCAUAUUAAAUCAGUAAAAACACUAAAGAUUAAAACGCUGCAUUUCGACUCGGCCUAGGAUCAUCAGUUACACAUGUAAAGGAAAUGAAAGUGUAAGAUCUGAAUGUAUUCCCAAUGACGUAUAAAAGUGCUACUGAUUUCUGAAAUUAGUGAAGUGAAAAGCCUAAACUCUCUAUAAAUCAAAUCUCUUUAUCAAAUUGGAGAGAAUUUGUAAAGGAAAUUAAAUGAAAUAUUUUGAGCGACAGGAGCAGUGCAGUAGGUAUGUAACUAGGGAAUCAAAAUGGCCACCUAGUUACACGUUGCAUUAUGGGUACCUGUAUAGGUUGCAGUGAUGUCUGUGAAAGUGAUGAUGAUGAUGAUGAUGAUUUAUAUUAAAAUAUCUGUAUCCAGUUAUUUGCCUAAUCUAAACUAUGUGCACUCAGGGCUGUUUUUGGUCUGACACAGUGGGAGAGCUGAUGGUGGCGCGGAUGUUAGUUUAAAUUAGUUAGUAAUAUUGUCAUUUUUUGCAAAUAAUAAAGACAAGUUAUGUACACAAGUCCCUGACUGUAAAAAUUCUGAGAACUUGAUUAUCUGCUGUAAUUAACGAACAUGGAGACCAAAAUAAAGCUUUCCAGGAUUUCUCAGAGUCAUCCCCAUAUUUUGCAUCAUUUGUUUAAUUUGGUUCUCUUUGUCUAAUUUUUAAAAUGAUCAUGUUUUUGGUCAUAUUCUGCUUCAAUACUGUGUUAAAAUCCAUGCUGGUCUACUCAUUAAUCUUACAUAUGAAUCAUCAUGACUGUACUUAUACUGUAUAUAUUCAUUUGGAUGGAUUCUUGGAUAACAAAAUAAAAAAUAUAUUUAAAUAUGUGUUAAA